CACAAAUCCGAGGAGGCAUGGAAGGAAGGCACAUCAUCGCAGCACUUGUGUGCUUCACCAUCAUUCAAACUGUCAUUUCAAAUGAAGGUCUACAAGAGAAAGGGAUGACAAAAAAAAGAGCAGCAGAAUUCCUAACUUGUGCAAGAAGAGCGAGGGGUCCACUGGAGCCGGCCAAUGAAUGGCUAGAAGAGCUUGAUGAUGAAAUCCAAGAAAUUGCUGAAUGGUUCAGCUUUGCCAAAAGUGACGACAUUAAGAAAUACCUAGCUCAGAACCGUAUGAGAAUGUCCACGGUACAUAAGUCUGUGACUAAAAUGCGAGAGAAGACUGCAGCAACACCUCCUAUGUCUGUUGCACCUGCUGAAAGACUGCGGCCUUGAAGAGCACUCAAAUGAUGCCUUACAUUGAAUCUUAUUGUAUUGAAUAAUAAAGCAAUUACUGGAUGAUACAUAAGUUACUGAAAAUAUA